UAUACUCUCCUUUAUAUAUCUAAGGUGUGAGAUUUUUUGAAAUUUAUACGUUUUGUCCUCACCUACCUGCAUGCCAUCAAACACUAUCUUCUUCUCACAAACUGGAAAGCUCCUCCUUCUUCUCCAAUUUCCAAACAUUCAUGUUGAUCGCUGAACGCGCCAUUAGUUAUAUUUUUGUGGCGCCAAGAAGCUGCAAGAGUGAUGCAAGAUGGAAAGCCAAGAGUUCCAGUAGUAGAGCUGUUGAGAAGAGCAAGGGCGACGGACUUUACAUUGACAAACGCGGAAAAUUCAGAAGCUUCAAUAACAAGAAACUGUCUAGGAAACGAUGUGGUUCUCUAAGGGGCCGAGGAUGGAAAUAUGGAUCGGGGUUUGUGGACGGAGUUUUCCCUGUGAUGAGCCCCACUGGUCAGCAGAUUCUGGACUUUGUGCAGAAGGAAGUCGAUCGAAACAGUAUUUGGGAAAUUCUUGACACUCUUCCAGCCUCUCAUACCAUAUGGGACGAUAUCAUUAACGUAGCUGUUCAGCUUCGUCUCAACAAACAGUGGGGUUCCAUAAUCUUGAUAUGUGAGUGGAUAUUGUACAAGAGCUCCUUCAAGCCAGAUGUCAUCUGCUACAAUUUGCUUAUCGACGCUUAUGGGCAGAAGUCGCAACAUAAAGAUGCAGAAUCGACAUAUUUGGAACUUCUUGAAGCUCGAUGCAUACCUACUGAAGACACCUAUGCCCUUCUUUUAAAGGCCUACUGCAAGUCUGGGUUGUUCGAUAAGGCUGAAGCCAUAUUUGGCGAAAUGCGGAAGUAUGGUCUUCCACCAAGUGCAAUUGUGUUCGAUGCUUACAUCAACGGGUUACUAAAAGGCGGAGACCCUCAAAAAGCAGUAGAGAUCUUUCAGAGGAUGAAGAGAGAUCAAUGCCAGCCAUCUACUGAGACGUAUACGAUGCUAAUCAAUUUAUACGGAAAGGAAAGGAAAUCUUUUAUGGCUCUAAAGAUGUUUCGAGAAAUGAAAAGCCAGAAAUGUAGACCCAACAUAUGCACGUAUACAGCUUUGGUAAAUGCAUUUGCGAGGGACGGACUUUGUGAGAAAGCGGAAGAAAUUUUUGAGCAGAUGCAAGGAGCAGGGUAUGAGCCUGAUGUGUAUGCGUACAAUGCCCUUAUGGAAGCUUACAGUCGUGCAGGGUUUCCUUACGGAGCUGCAGAAAUUUUCUCUCUAAUGCAGCACAUGGGAUGUGAACCCGAUAGAGCUUCGUAUAAUAUCAUGGUAGAUGCAUAUGGGAGAGCUGGUCUUCAUGAAGAUGCACAAGCUGCGUUUGAAGAGAUGAAGCGGUUAGGAAUAACCCCGACAGUGAAAUCCCAUAUGCUACUUUUAUCCGCCUACACCAAAGCUGGCAACGUAUCAAAAUGCGAGGACAUUGUGAACCAGAUGCAAGAGUCCGGGGUGGAGCUAGACACUUUCGUCAUUAACAGCAUGUUAAAUCUGUAUGGCCGGUUAGGCCAGUUAGAGAAGAUGGAGGAAGUUUUGACAGCAAUGGAAACAGGACCCUACGCAGCUGAUAUCAGUACAUACAACAUCUUGAUUAACAUAUAUGGACGGGCAGGAUUUUUCGACAAGAUGGAAGAGCUCUUUCAGUCGCUUCCACUCAAAAACUUGAAACCGGAUGUUGUGACAUGGACUUCGCGUCUUGGAGCAUACUCGAGAAAGAAACUAUACACGAGAUGCUUGGAAAUUUUCGAAGAAAUGAUUGAUGCCGGUUGCAAUCCAGAUGCCGGAACUGCCAGGGUACUCCUUGGAGCGUGUUCAAGCGACGAUCAAACCGAGCAGGUUAGUACUGUUAUUAGAAGCAUGCACAAGGAGGUCAGGACUGUUUUACCUAUCUGAUGGAUGGAUUUUGUAAAUACUGAUCAUGAAGUAAUACAUCUUCUCAUCCUAACCGUCCAUCUCUUCAUCAAAAUCAUCGCAAAGGAUUAGACAUUAAGAGCAUUACCAAAGAAGAUGUCAAAAUGUCCACAUAAGCUAUAACGGUAAAAAAAAAAAAACCACACUAAUGUUUUCCAACCUAAAUGUCAAAUCCUAUGUGGUGAUGACAUGGAUUGACAACAACUUCAAAAUUAAUUAUGAAAGCUUUUUAUUAA